CUGGAUAGGUGACGAGGUGACUAAACUGGAGACUGUUCUGGAUGUAAUUGGGGAUCAUCACUCUUCCUGCUUACCGAAAACUCGAAUAAAUGUGCUUAAUGCCAUUCGUGAAUGGGCGGACGAUCCCAGUUCCCCUCAGAUCUGGUGGCUUACAGAUGUAGCCGGCGCCGGCAAAUCAACAAUCGCCAAGCAUUUAUCAGACGAAUGGAGAAGGGAAAGAAAGCUAGGAGCCUGCUUCUUCUUCGACAAGAACCGUCGAGAGACCAGCAAUACACACCGAUUCUGCGAGACGAUCGCCUAUCAGUUCGCUACGAAUCAUCUUACACUUCGACCCUCCGUCAUUCACGGCAUCAGGGAGCUUCAUUCUGAUCCUUCAUUCGCUCCUCUUGUGGAUAAGCUCCGGGAAAUGGUCAUAGGCCCCGUAAAGGGAUCGGGCCUGAUUCUUGUAAUUGAUGCAUUGGAUGAAUGCGACAAGGCAGAUCGAGGAAAGCUACUUCAUAAUCUUCUCGAUUUGCUUCCACAAGCACGCCCGACCAAGCUAUUAGUUACCAGCAGAGCCGAGUCCGAUUUGGCUCAUCAUCUCGAACGUUAUCGGUCCAAGACAGACAGCCUGCACGAUGUUGAUCUCCAAUCGAAUCAAAAUGAUAUAUCCAUAUUCGUGGAGAAUCAGCUUAGUAGCUUAGUCCUAUCAUCCAUUCUAGGUCAGAAUGACGUGAAGCUACUCUCUCAACGGGUUAGCUGUUUGUUCAUCCUGGCUAGUACUGCAUGUAAGGCUAUAAAUGAUGACCUUGACCCCCGUGCUAUGCUGGAGAUCUUAUUGAGCCCAAAAUCAAACGCAUUACUCGGUAUCAACGAGCUAUACGAGACGAUUCUCCGAAAAGCGUGUAUAAACCCCCAA